AUGAUCUCCAGAGACAUUGGUCGUCUGACGGUGUUGUCAGCAUUUGUAGCACUGUGUGUUAUUGUGCUGUUUCCUGUAGACGCAGACGCAGGAUAUGGAAGCAAGGUAUCCAAAACCCGAGGAGGGGGACUAAAACAAAGGGUACCUGUAAAGGACUAUCUUCUUCGUGGAUAUCCAUUCGGAAAAAAGAGAGGUUUUGGAAGAUACCGAGGGUUGAAGAAAUACCGUGGACGUGGCAGGGGAAAAUACAGGGGAAUUAAAGGAUAUCGUGGGCGUGGCAAGGGAAAAUAUAGGGGUGUCAGGAAAUAUCGUGGGCGUGGCAAAGGAAAAUACAGAGGCCUCAAGAAAUACCGUGGUCGUGGAAAGGGAAAAUACAGGGGCACCAGAAAAUACCGUGGUCGUGGCAAGGGGAAAUAUAGAGGGCUCAGAAAAUAUCGUGGGCGUGGCAAAGGAAGAUAUAGAGGAGGAAAGAAAUAUCGUGGGCGUGGUAAAGGAAGAUACAGGGGUCUCAAAAAGUACCGCAGCAAAGGAUACGGACGAAAGUACAAGGGUCCGAGAAAAUACUUUGGAAGCCGGAAGUAUAGAGGAAAGGGAAAAUAUGUAAAGAAAAACAAGGAAUGCUGA